AUGAAUAUAAAAGAUAGAACUUCAGAAUUUCAACAAAGCGUGUUGAGUUACAAGAAAAGAAACAAAAACUUUAAACAGCAGCAAAGAGAGCGUGUUCAAGAACAAGAAAAUGGAAACUCUGCUGACAGCACAACCAAGAAUGGGAAACCCGUGUCAGAGUUUCAAAAAAAAGCCUCUGGCAUAGCCCAUGAAAUUUCAUCUACCGCCCAAUUACUAUCUAAAUUAGCCGUCCUGGCCAAGAGGAAACCAAUGUUCAAUGAUAACCCCAUCGAGAUUGCAGAGCUGUCGUUCUUAAUAAAGAGGAAGAUCUACGCCAUUGAACAGAGCCUAGUACAGUUGAGUCAGCUCAAGAAGAACGACGCGAAUGGCAACGCAUCAAAUCAAUCUUCUAACCAACCAAACGCCGUACAGCACUCCAAAAACGUCGUGAACCUUCUAAACACGCAAAUGAAAAAUAUAUCGGGGAAUUUCAAAGACGUAUUGGAGGAAAGACAACGAUUGGAAAUGGCAAACAAAGACAGAUGGCAAAAGCUCUCCACCGACACGGAACACGCCCAAACAGAAGAUCAUACACAGAGCAACAAUGCAGUGGAUAUGACCACCUACAACAACUCCAACCCGUUCAUGACUUCGUUACUCGAUGAAUCCGCAGAGAAGAAUAAAAACUCAUCCAACCAAGGUGAACUAUCUUUCCCUCAAAACGAUUCUCAGUUAAUGCUAAUGGAGGAGGGCCAACUAUCCAACAACGUCUACUUACAAGAGAGAAACAGAGCUGUGGAGACAAUAGAAUCUACCAUCCAAGAAGUGGGGAACCUUUUCCAGCAACUGGCCUCCAUGGUCCAAGAACAGGGUGAGGUCAUCCAGAGAAUCGAUGCUAACGUAGACGACAUUGACUUGAACAUCAGCGGUGCUCAAAGAGAACUGAUGAAGUACUUCGACAAGAUAAAAAGUAAUAGAUGGUUAGCCGCGAAGGUUUUCUUUGUCAUCUUUGUAUUCUUCCUGUUUUGGGUCCUAGUCAAUUAG